AUGAAUGUGUCCCGGUCGGAGCGCCGUCUGCGGUGUGUGGCCACCGAAGACUGGAUCGCCCUUGGGCUGGUUGAUGCAGCUACACCGGCCGUAGUCGAGUGCUUGCUCGUAUGGGAUCGACUCCAGGGGCACCUGCUGGGGCCGAACCGAGCUGCUGACGGCGUUAACACCGGAACGAGCCAUCCUGCUUUAGGUCAGAGGCUUCUCCAAACAGCACCACAAGAUGCGGAGUACGCGAAAGUGCUAUUUGACGUAUGGGCUGAGUGCCUUGUUGGCGUGGCGAAACUCUGCGUGAACGAGUACCUGGUAUUCGUCGCGGAAAGCGUCAGCGUCGGGAAGCUGUUUGGUGAGCGAGCCACGAUGUCGCUCUGUCCGAUUUGCGUGCAACGCGUGCGCAAGUUCAGCGUGUUACCGAUACGGAACUUGUCCAAGUCGCGAGAACUUAUAACGCCAGUCGCCCGGUGCAUCGAAGAUUCUUUGCGGAGGCUGCUCGAUCGAGCGCUCAGACUCGAAAACUUUUAUUAUUCGCCACAAUGGGAUAUCACCCAGCGUCUACAGGAGACCUGUUUCAAAUGGGACAAACCGCACCGGUCCAUGCAUCGACCCACAGACCUGCGUGAGUCGAGUGCCCCGGGGAACGCCUUCACGUGGAACGCUUCCUUGCUGCGAAAUCUGCUCGAUGACACUCGAGUUGCAGGCAUCACGAAGACCCAAGUGCAAGCGCUCGUACGUCCACUGUUGUUCGGCUUUGUGGAGAUGAUUCCCGUGCGAUGCCGCAAGCCGGACGGUUCCGUUCACCAGGCCCAAUACGCACUGAUAUCCCGCUGCAGUCGCGUGCGUGCCGGCGUGCGGUACUUUCGGCGGGGUGCAGAUCGUGACGGCUAUGUCGCGAACUUUGUCGAAAUAGAAUCUGUCGUAUGUAGCGGCGAUUAUCUAACUUCUUAUGUACAGAUCCGGGGUAGCAUACCUUUACCCUGGGUACAGACCCCCAAUUUACAGUACAAGCCGCGGAUCCGCGUUGGUCAUGAUGACGCGGCGACGGGACUAGCCUUUGGUCGACAUUUCGAGCGGCUUUCUGCGCGGUACGGUGAGCCUGUUGUGGUUGUGGAUCUCGUCAAUCAGCACGGGAGUGAACACACCCUCCAGAGUCGCUAUGAGAUGGAGGCGUCCCGAUUCCACAUUCCGUAUAUCGCAUGGGAUUUUCACCGGGAAUGCCGGGGCAUGCGCUACGAACGCGUUCAUGAGCUUGUAGCGCAGCUCGAAGGCGUUUUUGCCCUCCAGGGUGUCUUCACUGCAGACGUGCUGCGCCGUUGCAUCAUUCAACGCCAACGCGGCGUCAUUCGAACGAACUGUAUCGACUGUUUAGACCGAACCAAUGUUGUCCAGAGCGCGAUCGCGCAACGAAUGAUUAGAGAUCAAAUCCGCGCGCUGGGAUUCAUUGAUUUGGAUGAGGGCGCCGAGUUUGCACGGCGUUUCAAUGGCCUGUGGGCUGACCAUGCAGACGCGAUGGCUUACUACUACGCGGGCAGUGCGGCUCUGAAGACCGACUUUACACGCACGGGCCGUCGAACGAUGAGCGGCGUGUUCCGAGACGGCUAUAGCGCGGCGCUUCGCUAUAUCAUCAAUAACGCGUAUGAUGGGCUUCGGCAGGACGCAGUGGAUGUCUUGCUGCAGAAUUUCAAUCGGAGCGUGACCGCACUGCAGCAUCGCUUGUUGGAGAAGCGCUCGCACAGCUGGUACCUGCUGCUGCUCUGGAUUGAGCUCGCGAGCAUCUGUGCUCUUAUCUAUGCGCUGCUCGAAUCAAAACGGCAAAUGACGGUGGCAAGUUUGGUAUUUCUGUUGACUGCUCAUCGUCUCUUGCGUCGACACGGGUCUGAUUUGGUCAAUCGACCCCGCCUGUGCGACGAGGAGGCACACCUGCGGAAGGGACGCACCCGCGUUCAUUCGUAA